AAAAUACUAAUAUUACACUCAUUCGAGUGUCAAUCUAAGUGAACCCCUUCAACAAGUAACAAUAAUAAUAAGAGUUAAAAAAGCUUCUAAGUCUUCCAUUAGUCUUUACUUUUACCACUUUAACCAAACCUCGUAUCUUGUCUCUCUCGUUAUUGUUCUUCAACCCUUAAACAACAACAACAUCGUAUCAAUUCAAAGAUGAAGAUCACUGUCAUGACUUCUGAUGAACAAAUUCUCUCCUUGGAUGUCGAUCCUCAUGAAUCUGUGGAAAACGUUAAGGCAUUGCUUGAGGUUGAGACAAGUGUGCCUCUUCAGCAACAACAGAUUCUGUUCAAUGGGAAUGAAGUGAGCAAUUCACAGAAAUUGAGUGCCCUUGGUGUUAAGGAUGAUGAUUUGCUAAUGAUGACUGUCUCUUCUGGUGGCGGUGGCGGUGGCGCUGCUGCUUCUAGUGGAUCUACCAAUGAUUUGAGCUUCAAUACUGAUGGAUCUGCUAUAAACCCUGGUGCUUUUCAGCAGCACUUUAGACGUGACUCUAAUUUGAUGGGGCAACUCUUUCAGAGUGACCCGGAGUUGGCACAAAUUAUUUUGGGGAAUGAUCUCAAUAAACUCCAGGAAAUUUUACGAUUGCGUCAUCGUCAAAGAGAUCAAUUACGACGUCAGAAAGAAGAAGAGAUGGCUCUUCUUUAUGCUGAUCCUUUUGAUGUUGAAGCACAAAAGAAGAUUGAAGCUGCAAUCCGCCAGAAAGGAAUUGAUGAAAAUUGGGAAGCUGCACUCGAGCACAAUCCUGAAGGUUUUGCCAGAGUGGUCAUGUUGUAUGUUGACAUGGAGGUUAACGGCGUACCAAUGAAGGCAUUUGUUGAUAGUGGAGCACAAUCUACCAUUAUAUCAAAAACCUGCGCUGAGCGUUUAGGAUUGCUGAGACUUUUAGAUCAGCGUUACAAAGGAGUUGCUCACGGAGUUGGCCAAACCGAAAUAUUGGGUCGAAUACAUGUAGCUCCAAUCAAGAUUGGGAAUAUAUUUUACCCUUGUUCAUUCUUAGUGCUGGAUUCUCCCAACAUGGAGUUUCUCUUUGGACUGGAUAUGCUCCGAAAGCAUCAGUGUAUAAUUGAUUUAAAAGAAAAUGUUUUGCGAGUUGGUGGAGGAGAAGUUUCUGUGCCGUUUUUGCAAGAGAAAGACAUACCAUCUCGGUAUUUAGAUGAGGAAAAAUAUGCCAAGGAAGCUUCAGGCUCAGGAAGCCCACGUCCAGUUGCAUCAGGAAGCAAUCCAUCACAAGCAGGCGUGUCUUCUGGAGGAGCUUCUGGUGACAAUUCUAAGGACGCUGUGUUUGAAAGCAAAGUUGCAAAGCUUGUUGAGCUAGGAUUUGAAAGACAAGCAGUUAUACAAGCUCUUCAAUUAUUCAAUGGCAAUGAGGAACAAGCAGCUGGAUUUCUUUUUGGAUGAUGAAAACAGCAUUUCUUAUUCUCAAAAAAGGACUAAUUUGUUUUACUUUAUUUUCAUUUUUUCAAAUUGUAAAAAACAAGUUAAUAGACCUACCUGAUCGAUGAUUACAUUUACAUUUAACUGUUCACACUCUAAACAAUUUUUCUAUUUGAUUGAUAAAACUAGUUUAUUGUUUCUCAAUGCUCA